CGGGAGCGGGCUGGCGGCGGGGCGACCGCGCACGGGGGCCAUGCCGCGCUCCUUCCUCGUGGACUCGCUGGUGCUGCGCGAGGCCGGCGAGAAGAAGGCGCCGGAGGGCAGCCCGCCGCCGCUCUUUCCCUACGCGGUGCCGCCGCCGCACGCCCUGCACGGCCUCUCGCCCGGCGCCUGCCACGCGCGCAAGGCCGGGCUGCUGUGCGUGUGCCCGCUCUGCGUCACCGCCUCGCAGCUGCACGGGCCCCCCGGGCCGCCCGCGCUGCCUCUGCUCAAGGCGUCCUUCCCGUCCUUCGGCUCGCAAUACUGCCACGCGCCCCUGGGCCGCCAGCACUCGGCCGUGUCGCCCGGGGUCGCUCACGGCCCCGCGGCCGCCGCGGCCGCCGCCGCGCUGUACCAGACCUCCUAUCCGCUGCCCGACCCCAGGCAGUUCCACUGCAUCUCCUUGGACAACAGCUCGAACCAGCUGCCCAGCAGCAAGAGGAUGCGCACGGCGUUCACCAGCGCGCAGCUGCUAGAGCUAGAGCGCGAGUUCGCCUCAAACAUGUACCUGUCCCGCCUGCGCCGCAUCGAGAUCGCGACCUACCUGAAUCUGUCCGAGAAGCAGGUGAAGAUCUGGUUCCAGAACCGCCGGGUGAAGCACAAGAAGGAAGGCAAAGGCAGCAACCACCGCGGCGGCGGCGGGAGUGCGGGUGCCGGCGGGGGCGCACCGCAAGGCUGCAAGUGCGCGUCGCUCUCCUCAGCCAAGUGUUCCGAGGAUGACGACGAAUUGCCCAUGUCUCCAUCCUCAUCGGGGAAGGACGACCGGGAUCUCACGGUCACUCCCUAGGCGC